UUGUUUGUGUUUCAGUGUUUAGCCGUGCUUUGAUUCUAAACAUUUCACAAAUUUUACUCGUUUGAACCAUUUUGAGUUCAAAAUGUCGCAGUUUUCGCUGUCGUGGGAUGUGCAGAAACACAUAAGCAACGGUCUUAGCUCCCUGCAGCAGAAUGGUGAGUUUGUGGAUAUGACGCUGGCUGCGGACGGGCACAUGGUAAAGGUUCAUCAAGUGAUGCUCGCUCUGGCUAGCCCUUACAUUAAGGAACUAAUUUCCUCUGCUAACUGCCCUCAUCCAGUUAUAUUUCUAAAUAGAGUAUCUUACCAAACACUAUGUUUGCUACUGGAAUAUAUCUAUAUGGGGGAAGUUUUAGUGUCACUUGAAAAUUUGGAUGACCUAAUUGUAGCUGGAAAAGAACUGCACAUUAAAGGCAUUGAAGAUAUGACAAUACACCAGCCCAACAUAUCAAUCACAAACACAACAACUAAAGCUGAACAGCUAACUCAUGAUGAAGAGGAAGAAGAAGAAGAUGAAAUAUCUUACUUCCAAGUUGAACAUACAUCUGAUCAUGAAGACAAUGAACAAAGCCCAUCACAGACCAUGUAUGAUUCAAGGAGUCAAGAUCGACCUAAUCUUUCAACACCAGAACAGUUAGAAGCAACUACAGAAUAUAUACAAGAUGAAGAAGAAGAAGAAUCUCUUGUGCCAGAGGAUAAUGUUAAAACAGAAUCUGCAUCACCUAACAAUAAGCUCAUGCAAUACACGAUAUCGAACCAGGGUUCCGUACAGAUGAUACUGAACAGAUUCAUCUACUAUGUCAAACAUACGAAUCGCUUCAACAUGCGGCAAUGGCGGUGCACUGACUACGUCAAUAAGGGAAGGUGUCCCGCUUACGUCAUUACUAAAGGAGAUGUGGUUGUUAAAAGAAUCGGCGCGCACACACAUCCGUUCCAUGACAAGAAGAUUCUAAAGAAAUGGAAGGCCGGCUCCAUAUUCUCGGCGGUGCUAGACGCCGAAUUAGAAGGCAUGUCCAAGAAAGAUAAAACCAAAUCCGAAGAAGCGAUGGAAGAAAAUGCGGAUGAAGUUUGAACUAGUGAGAACAAACUGUGUUCUGUGAGUGAGAAUGCCUUAUUGAAGACGAAAGUUUCAUGCACUGAAUUGGUUUGUAGUUUUUUAGAUCUAACUUAUCUGUAUUUUGUAAAUAUACUUAAUUUUAAUUA